GUAUCGGGUCUCCGUGAGGACGCAUCGGUAAUUCACACAGCCUGCUCGCACAGUGAACAAUCUGUUAGUGUGUCCAACGAGAAUAUGAGAAAUGCUUUUGCCAGCUGCAGGAUUUCAAGCAGUCGGUGCAGACAAUUUUCCACUUGCCGAAGCAAUUUUUUCAGCGGCAAAUUCCUCGCACGUUAAUGUAACGAUGUCACUCAACAACUGACAACUAUCAGAAUCCAUUAACCACUUUGGACAGAGUAUUGGUGCGGACUUCCUCAGACAUCUGCAUUUGUACUUAACUCAAAAUAUAUACGCACGUUGCUUCUGCAAGAAAAAAAGUGAAGAAGGAAAAAAUGUUCGCGUGGCAUGAGGACAGAAUGUUUGAUUUGAAAGUUCUGGAAUGGUAAAGUGACCAUCGGGUGCGUAACACAAUGCAUCGAAUUCUGCAAAGGAGACGGGUACGCACACUCAGGUUUCUUUGGUCACUCAUGGCCGUGGUCGCGUUGUCGCUUGCUGUGUUCAGUGCAGUGUUUACGGUGUGGACAUGGCGACAAACCCAAGACCUGUCGACGUCUUUAAUAACUCUUCGAGAACGCCUGGAACAGGUAAACAUGCAGCGUAAGGCUAUUGUCCAACUCAUCCUGGAGAAGAGGGAACUUUUCGAGGGGCACAGAGUGAGGAGAGCAGUGGGAGGUGGAAAAGGACGGCCUGGAAACGGACGGAAAGUUGCUUCUCAUUUCGAGAUUGCCAAAGAGCCCCAGCAACAUGUGGGGAGUGAAGGGGUCAUUAGGGGUUGGAUGGAGGAACCGUUGAAUAUGAGCAAAGCAGUGCAGUACAACACAGACACAGGCACCUUUAGAGUGGAACGCAGUGGUGUCUACUUCCUGUACUGUCAGGUGCACUUCAAUGAGAACCAGAGCCAGUAUGUCAAGCUGGAAGUCUAUGUUCCGAAGGGACCCAAACUGCAGUGCAUGGAGGGAUAUGGAACCACUCCUGCAGCCGGCUGGCACCAGUUCCACUUUGUCAAACCGUGCCAGGUGUCGGGCCUCCUGCGGCUCGACAAGGGAGCCGAGCUAAAAGUUGUCACCGGCUCCUCGUUUACCCUCCAGAAAAACGGCAAACACUACUUUGGCCUCUUCAAGGUCAACUAAGAGCGGAAUCCACCAGAGGGAUCAUUUCAAAUUUGGGACUGCAGCUCAGGAGCAAGCAGUUCGCUCCAAGGACAUAACCUUUUUUUUUUUUCCGAAAUUCAAGGUCUGUCUGGAUUCCUGAUGGGCUAUGUUUGUUAUCAGUAUGGUUCUAAAUCCCUGAGUCUCUACACAUGGGACACUUUGCUUCUUGAUGAAUUUCUUUUUGACGAGGAAAGCAGUCAGUUGGACCUUUACUUUCCAGUACAGUCAAAGGAUAAUGUCUUUGGACGUGCUAAACUUGUCAUUUACAGGGAUUCAAUCCAAGAACUGUUUCUCAAGGCAUUUCCAAGCGACCCGGACAAAACGUUUGACUUGUCGCGGUGCUUUUCACGAGGAUUUUACUUAAAUGUUCACAAACAAGGCCCCCCAUUUUGUCGCAAGACUACAAUGAUCUCACAUAUGAUAACUAUAACCACAGUGUCUCUGGGACAGGGCCCAGCUCUGCAUCAUCGAUGAGUCUUGCCAGUGAUGCUAACAAUGCAGGAUUAAGCCUCAGUCGUUUUGACUGAUGGCUAGAGUGAACUGAUCUGUGGUUUGGCGUAAACCUAAAUCUUCGUCUGAUUAUAACGUACGUUCUGUGUUGGACAUACUGAACUCAACCGCUGAACCAGCACAAGUCUUACUCUUGAAUAUAUUAUCUAAAUUUGUUUUUAAAUACAGUACCAGCAAUAAUGCAAAAUAAAUAAAUAAACAGUGUAACCAUGCUCAACAGAUUAAUGGACAAACUGUUUUACUUAAAAUGAUGCUUGUUUGAUUGAUUAGCCUUGAUUUAUUUUCUUUGCAUUCCAUGGAUACUGAGCUUCAGUUACAAAUCUGUAUUAUGUUCCUGGUAUUUUGAAAGCUGUGUUAUCAGAAACUAAGGCAGCAUCUGGGGGGAGA